ACACAUCAUUAAAAAUGUCUAACAAUUGGAACAAUAGCCGUGGUGGAAAUGGCGGUUCCAAAUUUGGCGGAGGAAACAAAUUCGGCAACAGCAAUGGUGCGUCGAGAUUCAGUAAUGGUGGGUCAAAAUUCGGCGGCGGCGGAGGUGCAGGCGGUGGCAGAUUUGGCGGAUCAGGGGGUUUUGGUAGUAAAAAGGAAUUCUCUGGCGGCCAAAACAUGCGUCGCCCAAACUGGGAUUCCAUGUCAUUGCAACCUUUCAACAAAAACUUUUACAAUCCACAUUCUGCAGUACUGAACAGAUCACCUUAUGAAGUAGAAGAGUAUAGAGGCACACAUGAAAUUACGACUAGUGGUGUAGAGAUUCCAAACCCCAUUACAAGUUUUGGUGAAGGUCAUUUCCCUGAUUAUGUUAACGAAAGUAUAAAGAACAUGGGAUACAAAGAGCCGACGCCCAUUCAAGCCCAGGGCUGGCCGAUUGCAAUGUCCGGAAAGAACUUGGUUGGUAUUGCACAGACAGGUUCUGGUAAAACUCUUGCCUAUAUUUUACCUGCUAUUGUUCACAUAAACAACCAGCCUCCAAUCAGACGUGGAGAUGGACCCAUUGCGUUAGUACUUGCACCAACAAGAGAAUUAGCACAACAGAUUCAACAAGUUGCUACUGAUUUUGGUAACUCGGCUUAUGUUCGCAAUACUUGUGUAUUUGGUGGUGCACCCAAGAGAGAACAAGGUCGUGACUUGGAGAGAGGUGUGGAAAUUGUUAUCGCUACACCUGGAAGAUUAAUUGAUUUCUUAGAAAAAGGCACCACUAACUUGCAAAGAUGCACAUACUUAGUUUUGGAUGAAGCUGACCGAAUGCUGGACAUGGGUUUUGAACCCCAAAUUAGAAAAAUCAUUGAACAGAUUCGACCAGACAGACAGACUUUAAUGUGGUCUGCUACAUGGCCGAAAGAAGUCAGAAAAUUAGCUGAAGAUUAUCUUGGAGAUUAUGUUCAGAUUAACAUUGGAUCUCUGCAGUUAUCGGCGAAUCAUAAUAUCCUUCAAAUCAUUGAUAUUUGCCAAGAACAUGAGAAAGAAAAUAAGUUAAAUGUUUUAUUACAAGAGAUAGGACAGAGUCAAGAGCCUGGCGCCAAAACGAUAAUCUUUGUAGAAACUAAGAGGAAAGUAGAAAAUAUCACUAGGAAUAUAAGACGAUAUGGUUGGCCAGCAGUGUGCAUGCAUGGUGACAAAACACAACAAGAAAGAGAUGAAGUAUUAUAUCAAUUCAAACAGGGCCGUGCCAGUAUACUUGUUGCAACAGAUGUUGCAGCCCGUGGACUUGAUGUGGAUGGAAUUAAAUAUGUCAUAAAUUUUGACUAUCCUAACUCUUCUGAAGACUACAUUCACCGUAUUGGUAGGACAGGGCGUUCAAAAUCAAAAGGCACAUCAUAUGCCUUUUUCACACCUUCAAAUUCUCGGCAAGCUAAGGACUUAGUCUCUGUUCUACAAGAAGCCAAUCAGACUGUGAACCCUCAAAUACAGAACAUGGCUGAUCGCUGUGGUGGUGGUGGUGGUGGCUGGGAAAAGAAAUCGUAUGGAGGUGGACGCGGAGGUGGCGGCUCAUUAAAAGCGGAAGCAAUUUUGGCAGGGUAA